CUUGGAGCAGUGAACAAUUUGAUUGCUGAUCCCAGAUAUCUUGGAGGAAGUGGAUGUGACGGCAGCCACGGCGGAGACGGAGAGGCGGGAAAGAAUACUCUAUACUCGGUGCCUGGCCGACUCGCGUCGCGGGAUGGAACCUCUCCCCCCGCGCUCUCCGCUCCUACGUGCCCUCGCUUCUGCUCCUCUCUCGGAUCAUCAGCCUGGCGGCCGGUCGCCGAGUGGCCGUAACGGCGGUGCCGAAGGAAGUGGGUAGAUUUCCCGAUCGUGAAAGAGAAAUGGCUUUUUGAUCGAUUAAUUAAUCGAGGAUGGCGACGGGCCGCGCACAGUGUUCCGCCUUUCCUUCUUUUUUAAAUCCUACUUGUUGUCAGAUUCGUCGCCGGGAAUCUUCUGCUGCUUCCCGAGUCAACAGUUCCGCCCGCGCUCUCGCGUAUAAAUCGGCACCGUCCCGUUUCCUGCUCUGCUUCGGAUUCUCCAGACGAUCAAUAAACUAGGAGCAUGGCAGAGACAGUGCGGCCGGGGAAUGCCAAGCCCAGGCUCCGGUGGACGCCGGACCUCCAUAGCCGCUUUGUCGACGCUGUCGCCAACCUCGGCGGACCAGACAAAGCAACGCCGAAAUCGGUUCUUAGACUGAUGGGCAUCAAGGGAUUGACGUUGUACCAUCUCAAAAGCCACUUGCAGAAAUAUAGAUUGGGAAGGCAGUCUCGAGGAGAUCAGAAAGCGAUGGAAACCAGCAAAUUAAGAAGCAGCAACUCGACCUGCAACAGUGUUUCCGGAGACAUGAGAAUUGCUGAGGCCUUCCGGUACCAGUUAGAAGUCGAAAGAAGACUACAGGAUCAGCUCGAAGUGCAAAAGAAACUGCAAUCGAGAAUUGAGGCCCAAGGAAGAUACUUGCAAGCGAUAUUAGAGAAAGCCCUCAGCACCAUCUCGCUCGCCGGCGUGAAACCCUCUGCGUCUUCCCAGUACCAACUCCAAGCAGACUGCGAGCUGAAUCCAAAAUUAGGCUUCCAGCUCUAUGGAGAGGGGGAGCAGGAAGAGCUUCGAGACGCCAAGCUGCUGGACCUGAACGUGAAAGGAGGGAGCUGCUGUGAAUCGUUGGGUGGAGGAAGAGGAAGUGAUCUGAAUCUGCAAAUUUGAUCAGAAAUUUAUCUGAUCGAUGAUGAAUGAUUUCAAAUAUUCGAUUGCAAAAGUAGUAUUGAUCAAUACAUUUAGCCACGACUAUUUGGUCA